CUGCAUCUAGCAAAGCGACUUGCUCACCAUGGCGCCGGGAUCGAACAGUCUUGUGGCAGGCGGUGUCCUGGCCGUAGCUCAAGUAUCGACCUUGGGCCAGCCCUUUGAAGUUCUAAAAACUCAUUUAGCAGCGAAUCGUCAUGAUACACUUCGCCAAGCGAUCAGUAAGACUUGGGCUAGAGGCGGAAUACAAGGAUUCUACCAGGGACUGUUACCUUGGGGAGCAAUCGAGGCGUCUACAAAAGGAGCUAUCCUCUUGUUCAGUGCACAUAUCGCAGAAGACUUUGUCCUCCGAUAUUUUCCGGGACAAACAACCCUGGCCAACACUGCUGGGGGGAUGAUAGGCGGGAUGACUCAAGCUUACGCCGUAAUGGGCUUGACAACGACUAUGAAAACGAUAGAGAUCACACGGAGUAAAGCUUCUGGUAGCACGAAUAGAGGGCCGAGCACCUUAGAGAUCUGCAAAGAGAUCUAUGCGCGAGACGGACUCAAGGGAUUAAAUAAAGGCUUGAACGCGGUGGCAUUGAGGCAGAUGACGACUUGGGCCAGUAGAAUGGGUAUCACGAGGUUCAUUGAGGGCUCUAUUCGCCGAAUCUCUGGGAAAUCGAACGAUUCUAGGCUUGGCCCGAUACAGAAGAUCCUUGCGAGUAGUGGUGGAGGAGCGUUGAGUUGCUGGAAUCAACCCUUCGAGGUCCUACGUAUCGAAAUGCAAUCUGCCAAGCCUUCCGCUCUGAGAGCAAGCAGGAACCGACCGACAAUGCUCCAAACAGCUCGAUAUAUCUAUCAGACAGACGGCGUAUUGGCAUUCUAUCGAGGUGUCAUGCCGAGGAUGAUGUUGGCCGCCAGUGUGACAACAUUCAUGGUCGCUGGCGGUGAUUGGAUCGUGGGAAUGCUCCCCAAGGCUUGAUUUCUAGAUACAUACA